UCACCCUUCUCUGCUCAUCAUCUGACUCAGGCUGUACCGAUGGAGCCCUUCUCAGCAUCAACCAACAGCUUCACCGUGGACCUUUACAGAAAGCUGGAUGAAACAUCCAAAGGACAAAACAUUUUCUUUGCUCCUUGGAGUAUUGCAACUGCUCUCGCUAUGGUCCAUCUAGGUGCAAAAGGUGACACAGCAAUGCAGUUAGCAAAGGUUCUUCAUUUUAACCAGACUGCAAGAGAAGAAAGCCCUUCUGAGAGGACAGCACCUUCUCUGGGGAGACCAAAGAAAAGAGACAUGGGUGCUGAGUAUGAGGAAACUGAAAACAUCCACUCUGGCUUCAAAGAAUUCCUUUCUGCCAUCAACAGACCUAGAAACACUUACUUACUGAAAAGCGCUAACCAACUGUUUGAGGACAAGACCUACCCAUUACUGCCUAAAUUUUUAGAACUCAUCACAAAAUACUACCAAGCAAAGCCACAAGCUGUGAACUUUAAGACAGAUGUGGAACAAGCCAGAGCACAGAUCAAUUCCUGGGUUGAAAACGAAACUGAGAGGAAGAUCCAGAAUCUGCUACCUGCAGGAUCUCUUGAUUCUCAUACUAUAUUGGUCUUAGUAAAUGCUAUUUACUUCAAAGGAAACUGGGAAAAGAGAUUUCUGAAAAAAAAUACAUCUGAGAUGCCCUUCAGAUUAAGCAAGACCAAGACUAAACCAGCACAGAUGAUGUUUCUGAGAGAUACAUUUUUGAUGCUCCAUGAACAAACAAUGAAAUUCAAAAUUAUUGAGCUGCCGUAUGUGGAAAAUGAAGUCAGCAUGUUCAUACUCCUACCAGAUGACAUCAGUGAUAACACUACUGGGCUGGAGCAGGUAGAAAGAGAGCUGACCCACGAAAAAUUAGCUGAAUGGUCAAACUCAGCCAUGAUGAUGAAAGUCGAAGUUGAACUCUACCUGCCCAAGCUGAAGAUGGAAGAAAAUUAUGACCUUACGUCCACUUUGAGCAACAUGGGGAUCCAAAAUGCUUUUGACCCUGUUCAGGCUGAUUUCACAAGGAUGUCAGCAAAGAAGGAUCUCUUCAUAUCAAAAGUUAUUCACAAAGCUUUUGUGGAGGUCAGUGAAGAAGGUACUGAGGCAGCAGCUGCCACAGGUGUCCUGGUGAUGAGGUCAAGAACACCUAGAGUAACUUUUAAAGCCAACCACCCUUUUCUCUUCUUCAUCAGACACAACAAAUCCAAAACCAUCCUCUUCUUUGGCAGACUCUGCUCACCUUAG